AUGGAAAGGUUGGCGGUGGAUGUGGACGAGGAGUCAGAGCUCCAUGUCCUGGUUCCCACAGAGGUGGGAGAUCGCUUGCGACUGUCGAAGAUGCCCGAUGGUCCGUGGACAUGCGUGGUUUUAAGGAAACAGCCUCUGCACGAUGUGGCAAAUAGGAUGGCCGAGCAACCAGGUGAGGACGUGAACAAGUUGCAGCUCCUGGUGCCUGCUGCGGUCAAGCCCGGCCUCACGAAGCUGCAGGUGACCAUCUCCCCGGAUGAGCAGAUACAGCUGGCCGUCCCAGAGUACGCAAGUCCUGGCGAUCUCAUUGAGCUUGAGAGGGCUGGUGGGGAGGAAGCCUGGCAGGCGAAGUUUACCCGUGAUCAGUACAUGAAUGCGGAGGAUCCCAAGAAGAAUCUGGCAGUCAUGGCAGAUCUGGGCAAGGCUGCGCGAGACGCGCAAUUGGAUGUGGAGGAAGCGGUGGAGCGCCUUUUCAAAGUGGCCAAAGAAGCCGGCUGCUUCGUCAGCCCAAAGAUCAAACGAGGAAGCGUCCCACCAUUGUACAUCCCUGGCCUGAUCGCUGCCGAAGACAUAGAGGAGGGCGAGGAGCUUCUACGCAUCCCAGCGCAUUUGCAUCUGACGCCCCCAGCAGUUGAAGAAGCCGCUCCGGGCCUUGCAGCGGUUGCCCGAAAGUCGCCGAUGCCAGACCAUCGACGUUCCGAAGCGCUCCACUCCUUCUUUCUUGCACGGCUUCUUGCUGAUUCCCAGGAGAGGGCCUUGGCCAGACCUGCGGAGGGCAAGAGCAUCCUUAGCAGCCACUGGACCGCCAGCGAGGCUCAGCGGAAGGUGUGGGAAGCCUAUGCAGACACGCUGCUGAGCGAGGACUUUGCGUACCAUCCUUUCAGACUCGCAGCUUUCAAUCCCGCUGCCACGCGGGAGGCCAUGCGGCCCUCCCAGGAAGCGGAGUACUUCAUUGACAUGGCCACCGACCUCGUGAUGCUACAUGACAGCAUGGUGCGGUGUGGCCAUGAAGCGGGGAUGCCUGAGGAGGUCGAGGCAGAAAUGUUCCUCCGUGCUCGACUGUGCUCGCAAACACGAGUGUUCCAAACGUGCGUGGACACCACGCUGGUGCCAGUUGCGGAUCUGCUGAACCACUCUCCAACGCUGACGCCCGGUGUUUUGUGGGCCUGGGAUCAGGAGGCUCAGAGCAUGAUCAUCACCGCGGUGAAAGCUCAUCGCACCGGUGAGGAGCUUUUCACCACUUAUGGGGCAAGGCUCCGGUGCUUGCAGCUUCUGCAGGUGUAA